GCCUCACAGACCCAUAAGCUCAGGUCUACCGCCAGAGUCUUUCCGCUCAGACUGUACAGAGGCACCGACUCGCGGACUGGCUCGACGAUGGACCACAGGCUGAGAAUUUACGCAAUGGAGUCGAAAAUGCGAAUAGAAAUCGUCGGUGUAAUUAAAGACCCAAGCUUCCAUGUUGCCAGAGAUAUAGCCGAGGGACUCAAACAAAGGUUUCCUGAGGAAUUCUUGGAUCCAGAAAUUGUGCCACUUCUUGAAUUUGACUGGCACAUAUAUCUUUGCAAAAAGAAACAGGAGCUGCGUGGUGAAGUGUGGCAGUACUCCAGCAACCUGAUGUGCUUCCUUAACGGCGUUCUCCUCGGUAAUGAAAAGCAACUCGCCAGCUGGGCUGAGAAUCAGUGGAAUUUUUCUGUGGCUCAUCCAGAGGCUUUCUACACGGCCAUCACUGAGGAGUACUACACGAAACACCUCCAGAAAACUGGACAUACGUUUGUCUUCAUGGACAUUCAGAUCGCGGGAGAAGCAGCCGGGAGGUUAUGUUUUGAGCUGUUCUCAGACGUGUGUCCAAAGACAUCAAAGAACUUUGAGGCUCUGUGCACAGGAGAGCGAGGACUGUCGCAGAGUGGCCUCCCACUCCACUACAAGGGCUCUCAGUUUCAUCGCAUUGUGCCCAACGGCUGGGUGCAAGGUGGAGAUAUUUCCCCUGGGAGUAAAGGUAAUGGCGGCGAGUCAAUCUAUGGACCGACUUUUGAAGAUGAAAGUUUUGCUGUUUCCCACUCUAAGCGGGGCAUUUUGGGAAUGGCCAACAACGGCCCUCACAGCAACGGAUCCCAGUUCUACAUCACCUUGCAGCCGGCGCCAUGGAUGGACAAAACCUAUGUAGCCUUUGGGUUUGUUCAAGUGGUGGAAGGUGUAGAUGUUCUGAAGAACUUAGAAGAGGCUCCAACUUCCAAUGAAAGACCCAAAUAUCCAUGUAAAGUGACAGCUUGUGGAGUGUUACCACUGUAGCUCCUGUAUAUUACUAUUAUCUCAACUUUCUUUCAGUGUUUUUAAGGCAGCAAGUGCAUGGACAUGCUCACUUUCAUAUUUAUUUAUGCUUUUCUGUUAAGAGAAAAGUGCUUUAUUGGGAUUUUUUAAAAUGUAUUAUAACUUUCUUGCCUUAUAAAUGCCUUGUGAUACAACUUGUUGAGAAUCAGUGCCACAUUGAAAAGAUGUAGUCUGCA